AUGUUUGCUGGCUACACAGCAGACGCGGUGAAUUGUUGUGCUCUGCAACGAACACUUUGCGCUGGAGAUCUUGGAAUGAUGGUUCCCUUUCUUACUCUGUACAUGGUGCUCUGGAAAAGCAUGCAAUCUUGUUCUGCGCCACAUUGCUAUUUCUGUUUGCUGUACUUCCAUCGUGAAGCUGUCUACUGGCAAGUGGCUGAGCUGUUGCGCUGUUAUCAAUUGGACAUGAAUGCCUUUCGUGGCAACACUCAGCAUACCAGUGUGGUGUUGGAGCUGCAAAUCUCACAUUCAAGGUUCAGGUUUGAACCAUUGUGGCUCUAG